AUGUCGAAAACUUUUACGAAAGCUGGUGACAAGAGUCAGGAUGAGAAGAUCCUGAUGCCGUACACGUACAUCCUGCAAGUGCCGGGCAAGCAGAUCCGCAAGAAGCUCUCAAUGGCGUUCAACUACUGGCUGAAGGUCGGCGACGACAAGUUGCGCGCGAUUGGCGAGAUCGUCCAGAUGUUGCACAACUCCAGUUUGCUUGUCGACGACAUACAGGACAACUCGAUCCUGCGUCGGGGAAUUCCCGUCGCCCACUCGAUUUACGGGAUCGCGAGCACCAUAAACGCGGCAAACUACGCUAUGAUCAUUGCCCUCGAGAAGACUUUGGAGUUGGGACAUCCCCUGGCAACGACCGUGUACACUGAACAGCUCCUAGAAUUGCACCGCGGCCAGGGAAUGGAGAUCUACUGGCGCGACAACUUCCAGUGCCCCUCGGAAGAGGAGUACAAACAGAUGACCAUUAAAAAAACGGGAGGUCUCUUUAUGCUGGCCAUCCGUUUAAUGCAGUUGUUCAGUGAAAACAAGUCUGACUUCAGCCGCUUAACGUCGAUACUCGGCCUCUACUUCCAGAUAAGGGACGACUAUUGCAAUCUCUGUUUGCAGGAGUACUCGGAGAACAAGAGCUACUGCGAGGACCUGACUGAGGGCAAGUUCAGCUUCCCCAUCGUCCACGCCAUAAGGAGCCAGGACUCGGACAACCAAGUGCUUCACAUCCUACGUCAGCGCACGCGAGACGUGGAAGUGAAAAGGUACUGCGUCGCUUUACUGGAGCGGCUGGGGAGCUUCCAGCAUACGCGCAACGCUCUGUAUGCUUUGGACGCGGAUGCGAGAAAAGAGGUGGCGCGACUGGGCGGGAACCCGCUUUUGGAGUCCCUCCUUGACGAGCUACUCAGCUGGCGGCGGGACAAACAGAACAGCUACACGGUCGAG